AUGACUCAGCGCUUCCUCGUCGCUGCGGGCGGGCGGGCCGAGGACAUCGACCCGGCCCGGCCCGGAGGGGCCCCUCCCGGCGCUUCCUCCCCAGUCUCCGUCCCCGCCCCCUCCACUACUGGGCCCUCCCCGCCGCGGCGGCGGCGGUUACUACCACAAGAGCCCCAGCAGUCGCCACACUCCAACCCCCUUCUCUCUUCGUCGCCACCACUUCAGCAUCAUCCGAAGCAACCGCCGAGCGCUCCCCCCCCACGCUCCCAGAGCCGUCGCUCGGUUCCCCCCCAGCGCCCGCGAGGCCUCUCUGAAACCGCCGAAGCCGGCAGCGUACAAACAGUACGAGCACGCCUCUCGCGCCCAGCAGCCAUGGAAGCCGCAGUGCCCAGUCGCUACACCCAGAAGCGAGGCUACGACGUGACGCGGAGCCCCCACCUCAACAAGGGUAUGGCUUUCACUUUGGAAGAGAGACAACAAUUGAAUAUACAUGGAUUAUUGCCACCUUGUUUUCUUGAUCAAGACGUACAGGUGCUUAGAGUUGUGAAGAAUUUUGAACGACUGAACUCGGACUUUGACAGAUACCUUCUUCUAAUGGGUCUUCAGGAUCAAAAUGAAAAGCUCUUCUACAGAGUGCUGACUUCUGACAUUGAGAAAUUCAUGCCUAUUGUUUAUACUCCCACAGUAGGACUGGCCUGUCAGCAGUAUGGCCUAGCAUUUCGGAGGCCAAGAGGUCUCUUUAUCAGUAUCCAUGACCGAGGACACAUUGCUACAUUGCUUAAGUCAUGGCCUGAAGAUGUAGUCAAGGCUGUUGUUGUAACUGAUGGAGAACGGAUCCUUGGCUUGGGUGAUCUUGGCUGCAAUGGAAUGGGCAUUCCUGUUGGUAAACUGGCAUUAUAUACUGCCUGUGGAGGGAUGAAUCCUGAAGAAUGUCUGCCUGUUACCCUCGAUGUGGGAACUGAGAAUGAGGAGCUGCUAAAAGAUCCUUUAUAUAUUGGACUGAGGCAUAAAAGAGUGAGAGGAGGUGAUUAUGAUGACUUUUUGGAUGAAUUUAUGGAGGCAGUUACUUCCAGGUAUGGAAUGAACUGUCUUAUUCAGUUUGAGGAUUUUGCCAAUGCAAAUGCAUUCCGUCUUUUGGAGAAAUAUCGGAACAAAUUUUGUACAUUCAAUGAUGACAUUCAAGGAACAGCAUCAGUUGCAGUUGCGGGUCUCCUUGCAGCUCUACGCAUUACUCAGAAUAAGCUGUCUGAUCACACAAUCUUAUUCCAAGGAGCUGGAGAGGCUGCCCUGGGGAUUGCAAACCUUAUUGUUAUGGCCAUGAAAAAAGAAGGGAUACCCAAUGAGGAAGCCAUAAAAAAAAUAUGGAUGGUUGACUCAAAGGGAUUAAUAGUUAAGGGACGUUCUUUUUUAACACAUGAAAAAGAGAGAUUUGCCCAUGAACAUCAUGAAAUGAAGAACCUUGAAGAGAUUGUCCGAGAUAUAAAGCCAACUGUCCUCAUAGGAGUUGCUGCAGUUGGUGGUGCUUUCACAGAACAGAUUCUCAAGGACAUGGCUUCUUUCAAUGAGCGACCUAUCAUUUUUGCUCUAAGUAACCCAACAAGCAAAGCGGAGUGUACUGCAGAGCAGUGCUACCUAAUGACAGAGGGACGUGGCAUUUUUGCAAGUGGCAGUCCAUUCAAUCCUGUCACUCUUCCAGAUGGUCGGACUUUCUAUCCUGGCCAAGGCAACAAUUCCUAUGUGUUUCCUGGAGUAGCACUUGGUGUUGUAGCAUGUGGAUUGAGGCACAUCCCUGAAAAGAUCUUUCUCACUACUGCUGAGGUUAUAGCUCAGGAAGUAUCAAACAAACACUUGGAAGAGGGUCGUCUUUAUCCUCCUUUGAAGACCAUUCAAGAAGUUUCCUUCAAAAUUGCAGUGAAGAUUGUGGAAGAAUCCUACCGUGAUAACUCAGCUACUGUCUAUCCCGAGCCUCAGGAUAAGGAAGAAUUCAUCCGCUCUAAGAUUUAUAGUACUGAAUAUGAAAAGAUUCUACCUGACUGUUACACUUGGCCUAAGGAGGCUAUGAAAAUACAGCCUGCAAUUCAGAACUAGAAGCACAGGAAAGUAGCAUACAUCUGUGGCUCUAUUAAUGACAUCUUGAGGAAUUUUCUUCUUUGUCAAAGAGAAACACUUUUUAUAGUGAUUGAAAAAGCUUGCAAAUUAAGAUAGUUUUUGGUUAGUAACCUUAUAGUUUAAUUUUAUCUUUUAAUUAAUUGACAGUCAUUAUUCCAGGUUAAGAUAAACAGCCCCUUGGACAGCAGUCCUGUGUUUGCAUUUUGUUUGUUCAUAUUUUCAAUAUUAAUCUUUCUGUCCCAGGUUCUUUUUAAAAGUUGUUGUACCUACUGAAAAUCUCAUUAUUUUUACAUAGUGCACUGGGUAGUAACACUAAAACUAGCAAUAAAUCAAUAUAAGCAACUUUAAAAUAUGUGGGUUUUUUGUUAACCAUUUUGUUCAGCUACUCUUUUUUAUAAGAAUAAUAAGUUUGGGGAACAGAGCCUUUAUACUUAUAACAGAAACUACAAUGUCAGUAUCUUUGCAGUUUCUAAAGAAGUGACUUCUCAGGUUUUCAUCAAUAGCCCUUGAUUAUGAUCAGUUAUGCAACUGAUUUAAAACAUUUUUGAGAAGGCUCAAUCAAUACUGUUUACAGUGCUUUGUACAACUCCACAUUUUUUUAAUUUCCUUUCCAUCAUUCAUCUUAUGCAAUAAUGCUCCACUUUAAAUACUUCAUUCCCUGAAAAGAACUUGACCAUCUCUUUAGACACACCUUCCCACCCUGCAGCUGUCAUGCUUUGAGGAAAGAGAUCACCCCCAUAUCCAGUGGAGGUUCAUCCCUAUUCUCUGAUAUAGCAACUGGGAGAUAAAGAAGGCAGACAAAGAGAGGGAAAGAGGUUCCUUGUAGCAAGACUCCCUACGACUGAAACGAAGCUCAGUAGUACUCAGAACAAGUUGUCUUGCCAUAAGGUUCAGUGCUAUAACUCCAAACUAACUGACCACAUCCUUCCCUAUUUCCCAUCAUCUACUGUAAUGCUCUCCAUUGUUAAUUCAGGUAAUUGAGAGUUAACUGUAUUGCACUAAAAUAAUCUUCCUCUGCAGUUCAAAGGAAAAUUAGAAUUAAUUUUUAAAAUUAUUUAACAAUAUUUCCAAAAGUCACCUUUAGCUUUUUUUUUUUAGUUUUUCUCUAUAAGAAAUAGUCUUACAUCAAAUAUAAACCAUCAUUUUAAAGUUACCAUGACAGCUGCAGAAGAGCAUGUCACAGGAUGCUGAAAUGAGUGUGAUAAAGAGUUUGACUGUAAUAGUCAGCAGUUGAGCCAAUGAAAUAAGUCCUCAAGCUCAGGUUUAACAAUCAUUUAUUAUUUAUCUAUUGAAUUAUUUUAUUAAGAAAUUUUCUUAGGUAAAAAUGUACUGGAAAAAUUCUUUCUAUAGAGUUGAAGACUAUACCAAAUGUUUUUAGGGACUAGGAAAAUGGAGUGGUAGUGGCAGAAGAGAUGUUUUGAAGGGUAUAAGUCAAUGGAGAUAUCUAAGUGGAAUUGCUUUGGGAAAAUAGAGUGAAUUUCAUAACUUUUGCCUAUUUCCAUGUUUUCUCAUAGCUCUAAUAAAACCUAUUUACCUAUGCAAAAAGAUUGUAAAAACUAUAAGAUAUGUAAAUGCUUGACUAAAGAAUGAAUUAAUAAAAUAAUAAAAUGCCUCUGA